GUACAUCCAUGUCCUGCACGCGAUCCUCUUAAGGACGCUAUCCGCUUUAUCCGGUAGCAACUAUUGGCUAGUUGCGUUUUCGGUUCCUGGCUAGCGAAAAAGAGGAACUCAGGUCCAGCAUGCAAGCUCUCGGACUUUGGCGUUGAACCAACGUUUCAUGGUUUGGCAUCCUUCUCUAGCCUAGCGAUUGUUGGACUUCCAAACUCGCCACCGGCUUCGUGAGCCUUGCAAUGGAGAAGACAUUGCAUAUCCAGCCACUGGAUGGGCCUUUAGGCCCCUCAUGAUUCGGAAAGUCAAUUUCUAGUUCGCUGCAUCGCAGCGCCAGGGGUUUCUCCUCCAGCUUCUGACGAGUGCUUCCGGAACCCGUCUGUGCUUGGCCUCCUUUGAAGGAGCCAAACAUAUAUAUACCAACAUACCCAGAGCUCCUUCUCCGUGUUUGAUUUCUCUGUCAGUUGUUCUAGUUUGGGCUACCAAACCUCUUUUCUUCUUCUAUCAUUGUUUUUACAGUAUUGCUGGCUUUUUGUUUUAGUCUAUCAACUCAGCAUUCACUCGUUGUAAUUCAAAGCCAGUCAUUUUAUACAUAAUAAUUGCCUGCGGCAAGCCAUCUCUCUCUCUCUAUAUAUAUAUCUCUCUGCAUCUAUCUCUUCCUCCCUACUUUCAGCAAGUCUGAUUCCAUCUAUUACUGAAUAAAUAAUCGUUUUCGCCUUGACUCUUCCGCUCUUUUCACCAUGAAAAUCUACCAGAGUACCGCCGUGCUCUGGCUCAUUGUCCACCAAGCAAGCGCUACCCUGUGGGGCCAUGGCUCUUUUCCGUUCUUCAGAACCCCUCUGAGAUGUGACAACGUGUGCACUCCUGGCCAGGAGAAAGGCUAUGAUUGGGGUGGCAUUGGCCUUGGCCUUAUCGACCUCUUCGACGACUUCAACUUCUCGGGCUUCACCUGCAAAAAUAUCCUUGAUUUCAAGAAAUGGACUGGGAAAUUCCAAGACAAAUGCAUCGAAGGAACUCUGCAGAAGGACAAGUCGCUCUGUCCCACAAUCAUUUCCAGCAGAAGGAAAGGGUUUUCUAUUGAUACCUUUCAUAUCACUGUUGACAUCGAUAUUGAUGUUGCCUUCGAGUAUAACAUGCCUGAUGGAAAGACCUGCAGAGAAAUCCAUCCAUGCUCCCCGGGAGGAUCUAUCAUCAAGAAUACCCAGUGUGGAGGUGCCACUUCGGUGUCCUUCUUCAUCCCCAGUUUUGCUCUGAAGGCGAAAUGCAAGUUCGCCAUCCACAAAAUCAUUUUCAAGUGCGGUCCUCCACAGUUCACAAAGACUGUUGUUCCCAGCUUGCCUGCUUCAACCACAGACAUUACUUUGUCGACUCAGCCGACUCGCCCCUCAACCACUGAAUCUGUUGACGUUACAACCACAAGUGCGCCGUCUGUGACUACUUCCACCGAGGGUGGAAACACCCCCGGUCAAAGCAGCACCGACAUUAUUCCAGGCGAAAGUUCUACUGUGAUUAUUCCAGGCGAAAGCUCGACUGUGAUUGUACCAGGCGAAAGCACGACUGAGGUUGUUCCAGGAGAAAGCACCCCGGUCAUCACCCCAACUGUUUCUCUGUCAACCUCGACUGUGUUUACAACCAGCCUUGUUACCAUCACUAGCUGUGCUCCAGACGUUCCAGACUGCCCGGCCCAGUCACAAUCUACCGUUGUUGUCACUUCUACCGUUGCGAUCUCUACAACGCUUUGCCCAAUCACAAUUACCCCAACUGAGCCAGCGGGUCCAAGCAGCACGCCAGGAAUUCCAGGACAACCAUCUCAGCCCGGCGAUGACAGCUCCAACGUUCCCAUCCCUACAGAAAUCACCCAGACAAACGUCCCAGGCCAACCUAGCACAACCAGCGGAGCUUCGCGUGUUGAAUCAACGCCCAAUGUUCCAGGACAGCCAUCUCAGCCCGGCGAUGACAGCACCAACGUUCCCAUCCCUACAGAAACCACCCAGACAAACAUCCCGGGACAACCAAGCUCACCCCAAAACUCCUCUCCAGUCGAGUCUACUCCAAAUGUUCCCGGGCAGCCAACCACGACUAGCGGUUCUUCGCCUGUCGAGUCGAGCCCAAGCAUUCCAGUACCAACCUCUCCAUGCCCGGAUGUCGUUCCCAAGUGUUUUAACACCUGGUUGGAACUUCUUCCCAAGUGUAACUCUAACAGCGAUGCUAGCUGCUUCUGUCCAUCCUCAGAGUUCACUUCUGAAGUUAUCAAAUGUAUUGAGGCUUGGGGUGCCUCCGAUGAGGAAGUCCGGACCGCUAUUUCGUUCUUCACUGGUAUCUGCGCUCCAUACAUCCCUAAGAACCCUGGAAUCAUCACCAAGGUUCCCACUUACAUCCCCAUCGGUCCACCCCCAACUGCUACCGCCCCAGCUGGCGUUACUGUUACUCAGACGGUUCCGUGCACCACCAUCACUGUUUCCCAAGUGAUUACCCUGACUAACGCCGAACCGACCACCCUCACCACCGAAAUUACUGUUCCUCAAGUCUCCUUCACGACCGGUGGGCCUGGACCCAACCCAACCGUCGACCUUAUCCCCGGCCCCGCGCCCGCCCUUUCUACCCCGUCCGGAGAGGCCGGCCCGGGUGCAUCUACCCUCCUUACCGUGCCAGCCACUGCACCUGGCGGGCCAAGACCUACCGGCCCUGAAGAGUUCACCGGUGCUGCCGCGUCGUUCUCCGUCUCAGGCAGAUUCCUCUUCAGCGCCGCCGCUGCAGCGGUUGGCUUCAUUGCGCUUCAAAUGAUGUGAUUAUCAGAUGCACUAUAGGCAAUUAGUGCUUUACAUUCCCUCUCUAGAUGACCUCUUUGCUCUUAUCCUUGUUUAUAUCAUAUUCUCUUACUCUUUUUUUGUUUACCUCCAAUCCCUUUGGACGAGGACAAAAUAAAUACCAAACCCUGGUUUGCACUACUCAGUACAUGUCUUUUCUUAUUUUUAUUCUCCAUGCAUGAUGGCUAUUGAUGGUGUGACUUGAAUCUCAUAUAGAGUGUAAUUAUCAUGUGUUCUGACAUUUCGGAUAUACCAUUGACCAUAGUACUGGUUAAUAUCAAUUAAUAUGUAAAUUAUAAUUCAAAACGAAUCUUUUCUAUUUAAA